AUGUCUGAUGUUGUCUUUACAGGUCAUUUAUACACAGAAUCAAAAUGUUUAGAGUACUUAUAGUGGGAGCAGGCCCAACAGGGGCGCUGCUGGCCAAUGCUCUACGACAAGAACUGCAACAGAAAGUUACCAUUGUCAUGUGGGAUAAAUCCAGAGGCACAGGGGGCAGAAUGAGUACAAGUAGGUCACCUGAUGAUCCCAACUGUAUUGCUGAUCUUGGAGCCCAAUAUUUGACAGUAACACCGGAAUAUGCUUCUCAACACUCGAGGUAUUACAAGGACCUGACGGAAGCUGGACUGAUUCAGCCUCUUUCAGGCAAAAUUGAAGGGAUCAAAGAAAAAUAUGUUAACCCUGAAACCAAGAACUAUGUCACACCUAAAGGUAUCAGCUCAAUUGUGAAACACUUCAUCCAGAAAUCAGGUGCUUCUGUGCAGUUUGAACAUCAUCUAUCGAGAGUAGAUAUCAAAGAAGAAUCGGUGGGUAAACCUAAACUCUCUGUGUCUGCGACAACUGCUUCUCAAACUGACAGUGGAUAUGACGCUGUGGUCUUGACAAUGCCAGUCCCACAGAUUCUAAAACAACAGGGAUUCACUCGACAUUGUCUAGAAAAGGACAAGACACUUCUUGCGGAUCUUGAAGCCGUCCAGUAUUCAUCACGCUUUGCUCUUGGUCUGUUUUACCCACCUGGAGUGGUCAUUGACGUUCCUUACGUGGGGAAGUAUGUUGAGGGUAAUCCUUGCAUUCGAUGGAUCUCGGUCGAUAAUGAGAAGAGAGGAAUAGAUGGGCAGACACAUGGGACUUCUCUUGUCGUUCAUACAAGUGUGCCGUUUGGUAUCAAACACAUAGACAUGCCAAAGCCUGAUGUUCAACCAAUCAUCAUCAAGCAUCUUAAUGACAUCAUCCCUAACCUACCAGAGCCUAGCAGUAUUAAAUGUGUGGGAUGGAGAUAUUCUCAGGUCAGUAAACCUCUGGCAGGGGCUCCUGGUCAUGUGACCAUCGCAGAACAACCAAGCUACCUGUUAUUGGCUGCUGGGGAUGGAUUUAGUCAUUCUAACUUUGAUGGCUGCAUAGUCUCUGCCGAGAGUACUCUUGCGAGGCUGCUGGAAUUCUACAAGAAAACCUCACAGCUAUAAAAAUACAUAGAGGUGAUAUCUUUUAUGAGAUUGUUAGAUGAAUCAUUAUCAAAUGAUUGGACUCUUCUAUACGUUAAUGCCCUGUCAUAUACUGCCAUCUAGGAAACUGAUAAUCACGUUUAAUAACUGAACUCCUUUAAGAUCAGUUCCUGCAUUGAAUAAAAUACAUGAAGCACCUUAUGUAUUUCCACCCUGUUGGAGUAUUACAUGCUUUGUUUUUUGAGGAUGAUAUGUGGUAUUAUAUCUUGAAAUCAGACUUUCUACCAUUCCCCCCCCCCAUGUUUUCUUCUCUUAAAUGUCACACCCCAGUGGCAUAUGCAGGAUUUUUGAAAGGGGGGUCAAGCUGUAAGAAAUGUUGACAACCAAAAAAUAAAUAAAUAACUAAAUAAAUAA